UGAUUAAGAAGGUUAUAAUUACAAAUGGAAGUAGAGAUUAAGCUUCGGCUACAAGAUUCAGCAUCUCACCAGAAGCUUUCCAAGUUGCUCUCUCAAUUUCACACCAAAACUUUAAUACAAGAAAACAUCUUCUUUGAUGGAACAAACUCAGAGCUCACCUCCAACCUUGCGGUUCUCCGAGUCCGGUUCUACGACAUGGAUCGAAAUUGUGUUCUUUCCCUCAAAGCUAAGCCUAUGAUCUCAGGUGGGGUGAGCCGCAUGGAGGAGCAUGAGGAGCCAUUUGACCCUGUACUCGGUCGAGCAUGCAUUGCCGAGCCAUGGAGGCUCUUAUCAGUCAACGAUUCGAAGAUACUGAGGAAGGUGAGAGAUGAAUAUGGUUUUGGUGCAAGUGGGGUUGUGUGCUUGGGAGGGUUUAGGAACUUGAGGGCUGUGCAUGAGUGGAGAGGGUUGAAGCUGGAGCUGGAUGAGACCAACUAUGACUUUGGUACAAACUAUGAGUUGGAAUGUGAGAGUGCUGACCCUGAAAAGCACAAGGAAUUGCUUGAGGACUUCCUCAAAGAGAAUGGAGUGCAAUAUUCAUAUUCUAAUGUUUCUAAGUUUGCCAUUUUUCAGUCCAGGAAGUUGCCUCAAUGAGGUAGUAAUUAGUAUGUUGAAUGCAUGAUAUGAUUAGCGUGUUUUUAAAACACAACAUUGUUCUGUGAAUCAUAUAUGCAGCACACUGAACAAGUCACUACUACAUUGAUUUAUAAAGCACACAUUCUUAAAUA